AUGAGUACCGUGUUAUUUCCUGAUGAUUACUUUGGAGGCCCUCCAUUAUGCGAAACGAAGAACAAUGAGGCCGAAAAGAUAUGGUUAAUAGAAGAGAUUAUCAAGCCCGAGCUUCCCAAUAUUAUGGAUAAUAUGGAAAAAUGCCUGGAACUACUUCUCAGCGACGUUUCCUUCAAGAUGCCGAUCAGCGGUGGUGGAGGCACUUCGAAAUCAAACAGCGGGAUAUCAUCUAUACGUGGAGUUGUCACACGACAAAAUUGUGUUGUCACCGACUUUCAUGCAAUAGUUAAAUUCCCACAAUACAACUGGGGAAAGCCAAUUAUGUUCAAGAUGGACACAUCCCGAAAAUAUGUCCUAGAACAGAUUCGUGAUAUUACGAAGAAUCUGAAGGAAGCUUUACUGGUUUUGGAGGAUCUACAGCAGGAAGAAGACCCACAGGAAUUUAUUAAAAAAAUAGCCACCGUCUUAAAUCUGCUUAGCCGGUCUAUAAACGUACUAGAGAACCCGCCGCGCCAGCUUUUGUUUCCGGAGAACGGUAAUGACACAUUGGAGACUCUUUUUACGCACACCAAUGAUGCACCCUGGGAAACGGCACACCAUUUCUUGAAUUUGGAGUUAGUGAUCUUCAAGAACGAGGUUAGCAUCGAGGUAAGAAACCUUAAAAAGGAAACGGCUCUUCCAUGGUCCAGAAUUGAUGCUACCACGGGGAAGAGCUUCACAGACACCGUCAGGGAACGGCUGAAGGAGCAUAGGGAAAAAAGUCUUGCUGAAGUUCUCAAGGCGGCAGGUCUCCGCGUUGAAGAACGGUCUUUCUUGCAAAGCGUCUUUCCAAAUUCAAAGUCCGGAAGAACAACCAUGGAGGAAGCUCAGUACAUGCUGUCGCGAUCUGUCACGUUCCAUGGACACCUUGUCUCCGAAAGCGAUAAAGUUUCCGCCACAACCAGCGAUCCCACACUUAUAAGUAUAACUUCCAAGCUCAAUGGCCUUGAAUCAUGCUUGAGCAAUCAUUUUACCAACCUUGGAUUAAUAUGA